GGCCAAAGUGGACCGUCAGGAAGAAAGGCAGUACCACCAAGGCCUGCUAAAGGUGUAGCUAAAAAAUGGGAUGAAGAUGUCUCCACCGAAGUGGGAGAGGGGGUAGAUGAAGGGGCAGCAGGAAAGACUCUAGUUAAACCCCCAGACCAACUGGAGCUGACUGAAGCUGAAUUAAAAGAGGAAUUUACACGUGUCCUGACAGCUAAUAAUCCCCAUGCUCCUCAGAAUAUUGUCAGAUACAGCUUUAAAGAACGAACAUACAAACCAAUAAGCCAUGUGGAUCAAAUGGCCAUUCACUUCACUUUGAAUGGAAACUUGGUACCCAAAGAUUCAGAUGAAGGCAGACGGCAGUGCGCCAGAUUAAGCAUUACAUCAGAAAAGGCUCCUGUUGAGACUUCUGCAAUACCGUCUGAAGAGGCAGAGAUUAAAGAUGAAGAAAGCCGGGGAGAUACUCAGGCUGCAGGAAAGGAAGAGGCAGAGGAGUCAGGAACAGCAGAAGCAGCUGAGGCAGCAGAGGAAGAAGAGUCUCCUGCCCCAAGAGUGAAGGAGCAGAAGCUUGCAAAUCAGUUCAACUUCAUUGAGAGAGCUUCAAUGACGCUCAGCAACCCUAUGCAGGAAAGAGCUUGUCAAACGGAGCCUACACCUCGUAAAAGUUUGUCAGCCUAUGCUAACCAGUGGAUUAUCUAUGAUGCCUAUGUGGAGGAGAUUCAAAAACAGGAAAUGUCAAAAGAGAAAGAAAAAACAAAAGCUCCGAUAGCAAAAAGAGAAGCGGUGAAGAAGAAGGGAAGAAAGCCAACCUCUCUGGAAUCACAGAGUGAUGAUAUAACCAAGAUCUCAAAGGCUGCUAAAAUAAUUGAGCGGAUGGUGAAUCAGAACACAUUUGAUGACAUUGCACAAGAUUUUAAAUAUUUUGAGGAUGCCUCGGAUGAAUACAGAGGCCAACAAGGAACCCUGCUCCCACUCUGGAAGUUCCAGUAUGAUAAAACCAAGAGCCUUGCAGUUACUGCCAUCUCCUGGAAUCCAAAAUACAAGGACCUAUUUGCAGUGGGAUAUGGCUCUUAUGACUUCACGAAGCAGGGCCAAGGCAUGAUCGUGCUCUAUACCAUGAAGAACCCCUCGUUCCCAGAGUAUGUCUUCAGCAGUGAGAGUGGCAUCAUGUGCUUGGACUUUCAUAAUGACCACCCGCACCUCAUGGCAGUGGGCUUCUAUGAUGGCAAUGUGGCCAUCUACAACUUGAAGAAGUCAACCUCCCAGCCUAGCUACAGGAGCAGUGCUAAAGCAGGAAAGCACACGGAGCCAGUGUGGCAGGUUAAGUGGCAGAAAGAUGACAUGGAGAACAAUUUGAAUUUCUUCUCAGUCUCCUCGGAUGGGCGGAUUGUUUCAUGGACUUUAGUUAAGAAUGAGCUGGUUCAUACAGAUGUCAUCAAGCUGUCAGCAGAGGGAACAACGAUGCAGUGGCCAGAGGGGCUGCAGCUGCAAAUGCUUGGCUGUGGGACAUCAUUUGAUUUUCACAAAAAGAUAGACAAUUUGUUUCUCGUUGGUACUGAAGAGGGAAAGAUCUAUAAGUGUUCAAAAUCCUACUCAAGCCAGUUUCUGGAUGUGUUUGAAGCCCAUCAAAUGGCUGUGGACUCAGUCAGCUGGAACCCCUACCAUUUGAAAGUCUUCAUUUCCUGCAGCUCUGAUUGGACAGUCAAGAUCUGGGAUCACACCAUCAAGACUCCGAUGUUUGUUUAUGACCUGCGUUCUGCUGUAGGGGACGUUGCCUGGUCCCCAUACUCCUCCACGGUCUUUGCUGCAGUCACCACUGAUGGCAAG